AUGGGCAGGUCCUCUCUUCUAUUCACUCUACUUGCUCUGCAAGUCUCGGUCAGCUGGGCUGCACCAAAAAGACACCACCACUACCACGGGGGAAAGGAGCAGUCCGAUGUUGAUGAUACCAACAGCGGCAACGCAAACCCGACCGGCUACGAGGAUCUAUUCCCUGGGUUCGGCGGUGACGUCGAGGACCUCAUUCCAUCCGAAUGGAAGAGCCUCUUCCCCACCGACUUCUUCGGCGGUGAUGAUUCCACGCCCGGCCCGGUUCCCAUUACCGACAGUGCUCCCUCGCACACGGCCGAUUCUCCCAGUUAUACUCGUGCUCCAAACUCUACCGGCCGCACUCGUACCUCGACCGCAAAGCAUACUCAAGUGACCACGCCUACCCGGAGCACCACCCGAACGCGGAGCACAGGAAUCAUCUCCCCUACCACCGGUGCACCGUCGCGAAGCACCAAUGUGCCCUCGCGAAGCGUCACAUCACCCUCACGAAGCUCCACUACCGCAGGAAAUGGCGGCGGCGGUGGCGGCAAUGGAAGUUACGGCCCUACAUUUAUCACCAUCGUCCCGACCAACAGCGCUUGA